ACACAGGCUGUGCCCGGAGGUUUCUGGGCAGUGCCUGGGCGGGUCAGGUAUUCCAGGAGGUGGGACCUGGGAGGAGGAAUAAGUGCCUGGGGACAAAAGAGUAUUCUGUGUUGCAAAUUGUGGUUUCUCCGGGCGGAGGAGUUGGGGGAGUAGGGGAAUAGGUGGUGAGAGGAGAGGUUAGCCUGGCCUGGGCCGGAGAAGUUUCUUGUUAGAAAAGGAAUUUUGAUCAGUUUUUUAGAUUCAUAAGUAAAGCCUGCGAAGGCCUUUGGCCAAACAAGUUAUUUACAAUUCUGAGCGUUCAAGUUGUCCAAAGACAAAGUAGACCCGUGGGGCAGUUACUGAGAAGAGCGUGAAGGGGGCUUGAAUCGGGGAGUGGCAAGAUGGAGAGGAGGAGGUGGAGGUGAGGAAGGUAAGCAGCUGUCGCUGGCCACGUGCGCGGCACCGGCGGCGGUGGCAGGAGGGGCAUUGGCACCAGCACUGGCAUGGGACCGGACGCCGUGGCGGGAGGGACAGUAGAGCUUGUGGUUCUUAGGGAAAGCACACAUGGACGCAUUGACGGUUGUGCACCUUUGGCUGGAAAUCUGGGUGGUAACUUCCCAGUUGGGGUGCACAUGGAGCCAGAAUGCUACAAGCUGGAGAGAGGUUUUGUGUAAGACUACAUGUACGACUUCGGCACUGCUGUUUCAUAGACAGGGAAACAGAUUUAUGAGGUUACUUGGUGCAUGUUGUCCUUCUUGACAAUGUUCAGAAUUUUUAAUAAGUUGCUGUCACAAUGUUGGGAGAUUUUAUGUCAAAUCUUGGAUUUUUUAAAAUAUCUUGUGGAAAUUUGGAAGAUCUGAAAACCCCAGGUUUAUUAUUAUUAUUUUUUAAUAAUUAUGACAACUUGCUGGAACUGGCUUGGCUCGGAGCACGAGUGGCCCCUGCAGGCACCUCAUCUUGCCUCCUGAUAAAAUAAGAUGCAAUAACUGAGCCUUGAGUGUGGGAGCCAGAGAAGGGAAGCACCAGCUGUGGAGCCAGGACGUGGAGAAGGAGCGAGAAGUGGCCAGCACCUCUCUGGAGAGGAAAAGCGUGUGGGGUGUUCAGCACCAAAGAAACAUUACUUUGGUUUCUUAGAACAGGAGAACUUUGAAGAGUUUACCUGCGACAUAGUUUUCUCCUUUCUCCUCCUGCAGCUCAGGGUUCCUGCAGUAGAGUGAGCAUGGCAGGGAAGAAUUCAGAAAGCAUCUGUUGUAAAAGAUGAUUAACUAGAGCAAGUCAGACUGGUAUCAUUCUGUUAGUAUUUCUCAUCACAAAUAGACUAAUAUUGUGGAAGAUUGUUUCAUAUGGAUCCCACGAAAGAAUUCUCCGUGAAUUCUGUAACUCCGGCCCCAAGAAGGUGGGAGGGCCUGAAUUAAUGGAGAAUUACACAGUGCCAUUCAGGAACCACUAGCAGCUGGAGGGCAUCUGAGCCCUGCAGAUUCUAGAUUAAAGUGAUAGUACUAAUAAGCUGCUACUUACUGCUCUAAUAGUAGUUAACGCUAAGUGAUUGCUAUGUACUGGCUACCAUGCUAAGCAUGGGUCAUGAAAUACCUAAUUUAAUUCUCUUACGUGACUCAGUGAGGGCUGCACAGUUAUAAUCUUCCCUUUACAGAUGAGAGCUGUACCAGAUUAGAGCCCCAUCCCAGGUUGCUACCAGAGCCAACAAGUGAUCUCUGCUACUACAUUAACACUCCUUACCUUUCGAUAAACCAGACAAUCUGCUUCAUCUCGAUUUCAGCAGCAUUCCAAACUGUGGUACCCUUGGGGUUCUCUUAACAUUGCUAUGGUGCAGAAGAUAUAAACUCAGACGUUUAGCUGAUGUUCACAAGGAAUAGAGUCACGUGAUGUAUGAAGGGAAACAUAUACACUUCUCUGAGGUUGACAAUAAGCCCUUGUGCUCGUAUAGCCCCAAACUGUGCAAGCAGCGGCGACUCAACGGCUACGCAUUCUGUAUCAGACACGUUCUGGAGGACAAGACUGCCCCCUUCAAGCAAUGUGAAUAUGUGGCCAAGUAUAACAGCCAGCGCUGCACCAACCCCAUCCCCAAAUCGGAGGAUCGCAGGUACUGCAACAGCCACUUGCAGGUACUUGGCUUUAUCCCGAAAAAAGAGAGGAAGAAAAAGAGUGAUCCUAUAGAUGAGGUCAAAGUCAGGCACCAGAUGGAUACCAUGGCCUUCAGCCUGGCUGUGCCCACGUUGGCCCUGAAGAUGCCCAACGGACUGGAUGGCAUGUCCCUCUCUCCUCCCGGGGCCAGGGUGCCUCUCCACUACCUGGACACUGACUUGGAAGAUCCAUUUGCGUUCAAUGAGGAAGAUGAUGACCUAAAGAAAGGUGCAACUGUGAGAAGGAAGUUGCAGAGCAAGUUGGCCCAGAACCGGCAGCGCCAGAGAGAGACGGAGAUUUUAAAAGUUCGACAAGAGCACUUUAGUCCCCCUCCUGCACCUUCCCAGCAGCAGCAGCAGCAGCAGCAGCAGCAGCAGCAGCCGCAACCUCCGCAGCAGCACGCCCACCUAUCACCUUUGUCCACCUCUCUAAAACCUCCCACGGCACCGCAGGGCUCCAUCUGCAAGUCACCUCAGCCUCAGCACACCAGCGUCCCAGUGCAGGGAGUGGCCCCCACCACACACGCCAUAGCACAAGCCAGGCAGGUGGCGCACAAGCGGCCUCUGCCCCUCCUGCCAGCCACUAGGGCUCCUGCCGCAGACCCGCCCCGGACUGACCGGGUCCUCAUGAAAGCCACGGCCUUCUCUCCACACUUGUCCUGUAUAAGUCGGCUGCAGAGACUGGUGAAACUGUACACCCAGAAGCACCAGCUGGACACUGAUCUGUUCCCCCACUUAGGGUUGGACUGGUCUGAAGAGAGCGGAGAGGAGCUGGAAGACACCGAGCAGGCCUCCCCAUACCAGGCUGCAUGGUCCCUCCGAGAGACGCUCAGAUACGCAAGGCACACGUCUGACGACGACGAUGUGGAAAGCAGGAGCUCCAGGGUGACCCAACUUUGCACUUACUUUCAGCAGAAAUACAAGCACCUCUGCCGCCUGGCGCGGGCGGAGUCACGGCAGAAGAGAUGUAGGCUGGCGUUGAGGAAGGCGCUGCUGCAGGCGGCCAGCCGGGAGCCGGAGAGCGCAGGGCAGCUGCUGCAGGAGCUGCGCAGGGCGGCAUGCAGCCGUGCCAGCAUAAGCCAGACCAAGUUGAAGGAGUUAGAGCCCUCAGCUUGCAGUGGAACCAUGAAGGGCGAACAGUGCACGAACAAAGCCCUUCCAUUCACCAGACAUUGUUUUCAGCACAUCCUCUUGAACCGCUCUCAGCAGCUCUUCUCCAGCUGUACCGCCAAGUUCGCAGAUGGGCAGCAGUGCUCGGUGCCAGUGUUCGACAUCACACACCAGACACCACUGUGUGAAGAACAUGCCAAGAAAAUGGAUAAUUUCUUGAGAGGAGAUAACUCCCGUAAAGUUCAGCACCAGCAGCAGAGGAAACCCAGGAAAAAAACCAAGCCUCCUGCACUUACCAAAAAACACAAGAAAAAGAGACGGCGUGGACCUCGUCGACCCCAGAAGCCUAUUCCCCCCGCAGUCCCCCAGGGGAACCUCAGCAUGCCCACCAGCGUCUCACUGCCAGUGGAGGCCCCUCCCCUCCGGAGCCCAUCCACCCCAGAGCUGAGUGCUGAUGAGUUGCCAGAAGACAUUGCCAAUGAGAUCAGUGACAUUCCACACGACUUGGAAUUGAACCAGGAGGACUUCUCCGACGUCCUGCCCAGGCUACCUGAUGACCUACAGGAUUUUGAUUUUUUUGAAGGAAAGAAUGGAGACCUCCUUCCAAUGAGUGAAGAGGCCGAGGAGCUUGAGCGGGCCUUGCAGGCCGUAACUUCUCUCGAGUGCCUGAGUACCAUUGGGGUACUUUCCCAUUCAGAUGGUGUGCCAGUCCAGGAGUUGUCAGAGAGAGGAAUAGGGGUGUUUUCCACGGGCACUGGAGCUUCAGGAAUCCAGUCCUUGAGCCGAGAUGUGAACACGGAUCUAGGGGAGCUGUUGAAUGGGCGUAUAGUACCUGAUAAUUUUUCUAGUUUAGAGCUGGAUGAGAACCUGCUCCGUUCUGCUACCUUGUCUAACCCACCUACACCCCUGGCAGGGCAGAUCCAGGGGCAGUUCUCUGCCCCAGCCAACGUUGGCCUUACUUCUGCCACUCUGAUCAGCCAGAGUGCACUCGGGGAGAGAGCCUUCCCAGGACCGUUUCACGGAGUCCACGACGGCAGCCAUGCCUCCCAGAGGCCACAUCCUGCCCAGCUGCUGAGCAAGGCAGAUGACCUGAUCACCUCACGACAGCAAUACAGCAGUGACCAUUCACACUCCUCGCCCCAUGGAAGCCAUUACGAUAGUGAGCACGUGCCGUCUCCCUACAGUGACCAUAUCACCUCGCCCCACACAACAUCAUACUCCGGUGAUAAUAUGGCAGCUACCUUUUCAGCAGAGAUGCCCAUCAUGGCACAGCACUUGCUCCCCACACAACUUGAGGUGCCACUGGGAGGAGUGGUAAACCCUAGAACUCACUGGGGCAACCUGCCCGUCAACCUCGGCGAGCCCUCUCCAUUCAGCAACCUUCUCGGCGCAGACGGACAUCUUCUCUCCACUUCCCUCUCCACACCGCCCACCACCUCGAACUCAGAGACCACACAGCCUGCCUUCGCCACCGCAACCCCCAGCAGCUCCAGCGUGCUCCCGGGGUUGCCGCAGACCAGCUUCAGUGGCAUGGGGCCUUCUGCAGAACUCAUGGCCUCCACCUCUCCCAAGCAGCAGCUCCCUCAGUUCAGCGCAGCCUUCGGCCACCAGCUGAGUGCUCACAGUGGCAUCCCCAAGGACCUGCAGCCCAGCCACAGCUCCAUAGCGCCCCCUACAGGCUUCACAGUGACAGGUGCCACCACCACGAGUACCAGUAAUGCAUCCUCUCCUUUCCCCUCCCCUAACUGAUCGCGUCGGUGUGUGUGUGUCUCCAGGCAGACGGGAACCGGGGCUUUCUUUGUUUCCUCUUUAGCACCCCUCUCCCCUUUCCUAACAGAUUUCCAAGUCGCAGACGGGGAUGAGAGGGGCACCACCCUCCCAGUCCAGCAGGUGUCUGCCAGGCCUGCCUCAGUAUUCACACGUGCUCCUCGGCACUGGUGCUCCUUCCCUCUGGCAGGCCCAGCGGCCUGGCCGUCUCCUGGUGGUUCAGCACAGUGACUGGAGAGGAUCGAUGUUGAGCAGCAAGUCCUAGCAGUGGAAGAUACCUCAGAUUACCAGUGCCCUUUACUAUUUGCUAGCAUCCAGAUUAGUGCUUUCCAUUCCUCAGCCAGGUUUCUACGUAGGUGGGUCCAGGUAGAAUGACCCGUUCACUGGGUUCCUGUGUAGGAAGUAAUGGGUGGUGCGGAGAGGCGGGUCGAGGCUCUGACUCAGCGCUGGCUGCCAGCCUCCAGGCAAGGCCAGGAUGCCACUCCUGCUCAUGAUCAGGGUUGACUGCAGCGGAAGCAGCACCUUUGACCACCUGUGAGUGUGUGCGCCCAUGCGUAUGUUUUGUGCAGUGCAGGAGGUAGCCUUCCCGUUGUUUGUUUUUUAACCUCCUAUAAGGAGAAGGCUCUUUUUUCCUUUCCCAUGUUCUCAUACUCUAGUAAUGUUGCUCCUUCUGUCCCAUUGAGUUAAUUAAAAUUUCCUGAAUAGAGAGCUAGAUGGCCUGGUUGUGUGAACAGCACGACCUUUUUCUGUUAAGAGUUGGUCCAUGAGGAAACGGGACACAGAAAGCGGAAGUCGUGUCAGCAAGGGGAUGUUAUGGGAAGUUUGCCUGGAGUGGCCAUAGGGUGGUCACUUUGCCCUUUUCAGAUACGCAUUUGUUUUAAGUCCCUUGCUCAUGGAAUACAUUUGUAAGACGUAAUUGAAGGAACUAUUUUGAUGUGAAAAGGCAGAAUAGGUGAGAUAGAUUUGAAAGAUAAAAUCUGUGAACUCCUUGGUCCAUCUUUUGCGUUUGAAUUUUUCAUGUUUACAGUAGUGAUUCUUUGGUAAGAUUUGUAAAAUGUUGAAGAUGCUUGUAGAAUCAGUGUACCAGUUGUGAAGUGAUGUGUAAUAUCUGAAGGAUACACAUUUUAAAGUUUGUUUCAACGCAGAAUGUGGAAAUUAGACAAAUUGUACCUAUAUUUGGUACUUUUAAAAUAAUUUAAGUACUUAAGUUUAAGUAAAUUUGGAAAUAGGUUGGGGAAAUUCUUUUAAAGCACCAGAAUUUUAGGGUUACAAGUCACAUUGGGUAGUUUAGUUAGUUGGUAACUAUACGAGUAUGUGACGUUUCUUCUUGCCUCUCCCUCCAACUUCCCCCAGAAGGGCGGAGCUAGAUUUUAAAGGCAUCUUUACUUUUGCUGUGAAGUUUCAUUAUCCCUUAAUACCAUUGACUAUUUAUACCUGAAUCCAGUCUAAUUUACACAUAUAUAUUUUAAAAGACAAGUAGAGCAUAUGUAUUGAUGAUGUGGUACAACAAUCCAUUCGUCAGGGAGCAUUUCAUCUUCCUUCUUUCCUAAUAGGUAAAAAUUUGAUGUAUUUUCCUACUUCCUGUAUGUAUGUUCACACCGUGCUAGUUACAACCAGACCCUUCCUUUGAAAGCUUUUCUUUCUGUGCUUUUUAAAAGAAUGAUGGUGAUCAUCAGGCAUUAUGCAGAUACCACGCGCCUGAACCAAUGGGGGAAAAUGUCACAUGCUUGUGUGAAAUCAUGAUAUGCCCUGUUUUGUAUUUAUUGAAGUUUUUUUGGGGGGCCAAAAUAUGUUUGUAAUAUAUUUACUUUUUUUUAAAGAAUCAUGUUUAUUAAUUGGAAGAUUUAUUUUUAAUAGCUUUGUCUUUUUUGCAGAUUGAGAAAUUUCUAAAUUAUAAAUUAUGUCACAAAGCAAAAUUAUAUUUGGUAUCACCAUAAAUUUCUAUUCUGAGUGGUGAGAGCAGAUAAUUUGAAUAAUUCUCACCUGUGAACCUAUGUCAGUAAGCUUUUUUACUUUAGUGCACUGUAACAAAAUGAUGAUGAGUAGUUACCUCUGCUCAAAAGUGUCAUUUAGUUUGCUAAGCUGUUUUCACAUCCCAUUAUAACCAUCACUAGAUAACCACACUCCUGGCAGUUUUGUUUGGUCUCUGUUGUGUACUAAUGAAAGGUUGUAGCAGAGCAGCACAGGGCCUUUCUUAUCUGUCUUUUGACAACGAAGGAAGUCGUGGUAGUUGAUUUGAACUUUUUCUGGCUAUUUGUUUCUUGUGUUAGCUGCUUAAAGUUUUUCAGCCGUCAGAACUGAGUUUGCAGUAAGUUGCACUUGUAUUGUUUGCAAUGUUCUGUUUUAUGUGCAUUUAAAAGCCCUUCUUUGCUUUCUAGCAAGGAGGCAUGAAACGAUCGGGAAUGUUGCCAGUUACAGCUUCACACCAAAAACAUUCAGUACGUUCACUUUGUUUAGAUGCCCCUGAUGGUAGCCGAAAAAAGGGCACUUUUAGAAAGUACCAGUGUAGGGUUGAAUAAUUAACAGAAACACUUCCCCUCUUUUCAUCUACUUCAAAAUAAAUAUCCAAGCUUUCGCUUCGCUUUGCUCAUACUGUUUUCUGUGAAUCCCUUGUUAGAAGAGAGAAGAACAUCUGUAAGCCCAGAGAGACCUGUUACGUUUUUCUGUUACUUACUGGAGCAGUUCUAGCCUGUUAGUAGUAGGUUUGCUAUAGGUAUAUAAAGAAUGAAGUAUCUUUUACUCCAAAAUGAUAAAAAUUGAUGUCUCUUAAAAUAGCACUUGUGUUAUCAUAAGGCAAUACUGGAAUCAGAAACAUCUUAUGUAAGUUCCUAAUUAGGUAGAAAAUAGCUCUUACUCUAGUGUUUAACACACAAGGAAUAGUGGCAAAAAAGUUUCACUGUUUCUGCAGUUCUUGGGGACCAUUCGUAAAGGCCAGUUAGAGUAUGUACUGUGACUGAAGUUUCAAAUUUGCUGCAGUUAAUGAUGCAUUCUGUUCUCUGAGGACCUGUUGUUAUUCACUGACUGUGAUUUCUAGCAUCUGAUGAAAAGAUGGGCUUUCUCUCCUUUAACUGUUAAUAUCAUUUUUAAAAAAGCACAUGAGGCAUUGUUUUUUGCUCUGUCAAAAUGGCUUAGCAGUUUUCACACCUGGGUAGGUUAUGUAGCUAGUAAACAGUUCAGGAUAGUAAAUAGCAAUUACAUUUAACCCACCAAGUUACAGACUAUGCAAUAAAAAAAUUUUUCUACUUAUUGUCGCAUAGCUUAUACAGCAAAAGGAUUAUUUUCUCUAGUAGACCUACCGUGUGCGAUACACCUGCUUUAUUAAUGACUUCCUGAGCAAUUUAAUGUUGGCAGGCAGUGUGGUAUGUCUAGUGUCCCUCUAUGGAAAGAUUAUAAUUUCAUGAGAAGCAAAUAGUAGGUAUGGAGAACAAGUUGGAAAGUGAUUAUUUUAAAUUUUAUUUUUCUUAAAAUUUGGUAUUACCACCUUUUGUGGUUUAAGGCUAAAGAAAGCUAAUACUUUAUUUUUGCCAAAUAACUAUUUAUAAGAUGUACUUCUGAGUAGUCUCUCAGCUCGAGGCUAACUCACUCUCUGUAACUAACACUAAAGCUCUCCCUGGUUAGUGCUCAUCCCUAGUUCCUGGUCCCAGUUUGCAGUGUCUGCCACACACAUGGUGUCCUGUGCAUAGAGUUUCCUUUCACAGGAAAGAAGUUAGGUUUCGGUGGACCUAUAGCUCAUACUGUUGGUAAUUUGCUUCAGAAUAUGAGACCGCAUUGGCAGCCCUUUAAUGUCAGCUCAUUGGUCCUGGCCUGCAGUCCUUUCUGUGCCUUGCGUCGGGUACUGGGGACACUGUAGGCUUCAGCAGCAGUGCUUCCACUCAGCAGUAGUGCUCCUCUCCAGCUUAGUGGAAAGGUUGCUGUGGAUUGGUAUUACAAAAACAUGAGGUAUUAACACUAAAGUAAUUACUUAAUAGGUUUGAAGUUUAUUACAGUUGUUUUGGGUGUAUACUUUUCAGUUACUUCAUCCUUUCUUUUUAGCCUUCUUUUAAACUUCUAAAUUCUGUUCAAGUACAUACUAAACAAUCUAAUAGAAUGAUCUACUAAAUGAUCAACAGAACUUUCCAGUUUAGUGAGGCAAUUUAGAGGAUUCCUUGAAAGAAAUUCCCUCAUACUGAACAAUCUUCAUUUAUUACCUUUCUUUACCAAUACCUGAUUGUACUAAGGGUUUUUUCCUAACAAAAUAUAUAUUUUGUUGGUUAUCUAUCGAUACAUAGAUCUAUGUGUAUUAAAUACAUGUAGUAAUACACAUAGUUUUUUUUCCCAUUUUAAUAAAUUGAAAAUAACUAAAUCUUCAUUGGCAUUCCUUAGAAAAGUAAAACAGUGUAAUGAUUUCUUAAUAUCUUGGCUUUUGUAAACUUUCCUGUAUCAUAUUCCAAAGGGAACCAAAAUCAUAUUUAGUAGAUUAAAGCAACAUUUUUGUUUUAUUUUGUUUUUAAAAAGAGGAAAGGUUUAUUUAUCUCACAGUUCGUUGAGGUUUCCACCAAUAAUCGGCUGGCUUAAAGCAACAUUUUAAAUGCUGUCUUUCAAAAGAUUUGAAAUAAAAUAUCAGUGAAGAACAUAUACAGAAGGGCUGGGGCUACAGCUCAGCCGCACAGCGCUUGCCUAGUAAGCAUAAGGUCCAGAGUUCAAUUCCCAGUACCAAAAAAAUAAAGAACAUAUACACAUAUUGGUUACCCCUUUCCCCCUGGCCAGUGAGUUAGGAAACACAAAUACUUAUAUGUCAUCUAAUUACCAGUAUCAGUAGUGCUACAAUUAUGGGUCAGACUUAGGGAGCCUAUCCCUUUUUUGUUUCAGCCCUUAUUUUUUGUUAGCUUUUCUUUUCUUUUCUUUUCUUUUUUCUUCUCUUCUCUUUUCUUUUCUUUUCUUUUGUCUUCUCUUCUCUUCUAGCUUUUUGCACUGUAACAUAGAGCUAAUCAAAAGUUGGAGCAUUUUAGAAAGAGUCAGUUUUGUCUGAUUUUCUUUACUUUGUGCUCCCUAGUUGGUAAUGUUUGGAGAGUUGAAGAGCAGAGUUUGGGUGACCUAAAAUUUUUUCUGAAAAACAGUCGUGUAAGAAGAAAGAUCUGUUGAGCUCUGAAUGGGCUGCAUUGGGCAGCACGGCUUUCCUUCCCCUUCUGCCUACUCACUUCUGCCCACCCUGAGGACUGAGGGAUGCUGUGUGAUCUUGGGCGAAGAGAGGUAGAACCCUCUUAUUUCAUUUGUCUUUCAUUGUUGUUUUUGUUUGUUUGUUUAAGCUGGGGACCACUGAAGUACGCUCUCUAUGCACCCAAAGUUCCCCAUGGACAGCGUUUCAGCGUGCAGGGCAGACACCGCCAGUGCAGCUCAGUGCCACACCGUUGCUUUCACUGGGGAGUAGACUGGUUUGCCCUGAAAUGACUCCAACCUGUGUCCUUAAAGUUGGCUCUGACCGAUUAGUGCUGCCAUGAUGGAAAAUUUAACAUGUGGUGACAUUGUUUUCAUUUGUUUGGAAGGGUUGAAUCAGUUCCUCUCAACAGUGACAGUUCUUUUCACUGUAUAGUAUUGAGUAUGUCUCAGGGAUUCCUUGCGGAAAUUAGGGCAGUUUUUAAAAUAAGAAAAUAGUUUUAAGAGAAACUAAAGGUGACUCACCAUUGAAGAGAGCGCAAGAAAGAAAACACUUUGUUUCAUAGCCCACGGUGUCUUGCCUAGGACCUUUUCCUUUCUGCUUCAGGCUCUCAUCUCAGCUUCAGCGUAUGUAGACAGACUCCUUUCCCGUCACACACAGCUUUAAAACUUUUAUUUAAAAAUUUCCUUCCCCAGUGAGCUUUCAGAAUACUUAUUGUAGAUUUUAAGAGAAAAGGUAUAUUAAUUUAUGCUAUUAACAUCACCUCAUAAAUUAUAAGUUUUAUACUAAAGCUGUAUUGAGUGUAAUGAAUUAUGUUGCUAUGUGUUUAAUAGCUAAAAAAUUAUAUAUGAGCUUUUUUUUUGGCAAAACAAACUAGUGAAGCACCUUUUUACACUGGAUCUCUGCCGUGUCAAGGUGUAUAGCUAUCCUUUGCUACCUUGCAGAUAUAUAAAACAAAAGGAUAUCCUGGGGCAUCAAAAUGUAGAACACCUUUAGACCAUUUAUUAUUGUUCAUAGAACUGUUGAGAAUCAUGUUCUUUAGUGAAUGAUCUGUGGUUUACACUUAAGAUGGCUAGAAGCUUAGUUACAGGGUAAAUAGAAAUACAUAGAUCAAGUAAAACUCCAACUACUGUAGCUGGAAUUUAUAAACUAAGUUUUAAGACCUCUUUUAUUUCCUAUGGAUUUGUUCUUUAAUUUAUAGUUUAUUCUGUAAGUUGGGAAGUAAAAAUAGAGAAAAUAAUAGAUGUUCUCAGUAUCUUAUUCAGGAAUUUUUUUAUCCCUCCUCACAAAGGAAUUCCCACUGUGACUUUAAAACAAAAUUAAGUUUCUUGUGUGCAUGUUUAUGUCUGUGUUUUUUACACACAUGCAAAAAUAUACAUUGGGGGCACAUGUGAGAGAGAUGACUGUGUACUUACAUAAAAAUACAGAAAGAUAACCGAAUGUAUUGUAGAACUAUGGCUCAUGCAGUUGAGGGUAUAAGAGUUACUGUCUCAUUGUGUGUUGCAUGAAUACACCAAAUUCUUCGUUUUGUUAUGUUAAAAGGCUAGCUCUGAUAUCAUGUGCAUUUUAUUUUAACCUUUGAAUUAACCUGUGUUUUUAAAGUGACAUGAAAAACAGCAGAUUCUAAGACCAACCUCUCACUUUUGAACACAAAAAUCAAGAGAGGGAAAGACAGACAGAUCCAGACAGGAGCUUUAUUUAUUGGGGUCAUGGGACCAGAGAUCUGUUGAGCUUUCUUAAUUGUAGAUUUUUUUUUUUUAUUCUGAGUUAUAAGAUGUGGUUGAUUAUCUUUUCUUGGUGAAGUUAGAAAUUAUGGGCCUUUAUAAAUUAUUUAAAGGGGCUGCUUUGUUUCAGGAGUUGGUGGGAUUGUUUCACCACACAUAUUUCAAAGGUAGGAUGAUUUCAGCUCUUUCUAAAACUUUUUUAAAAAUUAUAUUCAGUUUUGCCCUUAGUGAUAAAGUUAGAGUGCUCCUGAGCUCAUCUUUUGGAAAAAUUAUGCUACCCUUGACUUUUACUGAUUCAUGUGGAAUUUUUUAAAAAUACAUUUCUAUAUUUUGAGUUUUAAGUUAUUAUUUUGCUAUACAUUCUUUACUAGAGUAUCUUGUGGUAUAAAAUAUUCAAAACUACAGUUAAGUACUCCAGUCACAUUUUUUAGUAUUUUAAAAUGUACUUGGAAAUAUUUCAAAAUGAACUUCUGAUAAUACGUCUGAAUUGAUAGUUGUUUUUGAGGCCUCCUUCAUCUGAGAAGACCUAGGAAAGCUUUAUGUGUUUUUCCUUACAGUUGUAUUUUUAUAGCAUCUCUCAGUUUCAUUCAUCCUUGCUUUUGGAUUUUAAAAAAUUGCAUAUUCCUUGUAUAUAUGCAUGCAAAUGAAAGAAGGGAGUUUGUAUUGGUGCCAUUUCUCCCUUCAGUUGCUGGUUAAUGGGAUUUGUUACAAUAAAUUCCCUUUGAUUGCAGGGUGAAAACAGACCCUUCUGUGUAUAUCUGUACAGAGAUGUGUAUAUGGGAUGUGGUGGCACUUUGCUGAAUGUGAACUUGCCUUGUCAUUGGAAAGAUUGAAAAGUUUUAUGUUUAUUUAUACAUUUGUAUAAAUCUAUAUAUACACGUAUGUAUAUGUGUGUGUAUAGAUAAAGCUAUAUACAUAUAUUUCCCUAAAAAUGUGUGUGUGUAAUAGGUAAACAGCCUUUUAUCUGUGGAAAAUUCUGGGUUAUUCUCUAAGCCAGAGCGGGGGAUGGUCUACAGUAUCAGAGCAUGCUAAGGUGGAAGUCCGUUGGAUCAGUCUUCUUCAUGGCUCUCAUGAGUGAGUACCUGUCCUAACUGUUCCUACUCACAGGGCCCACCGUUCUCUUCACCAGCUUCCAGUCAGUCUCUCAUCACUUCGGGAAAAUACCACAAAUGACUGUUUUCCCUCCUUAAUUAACCUUCACCUUUCUAGCUAGAAGCAUUGGGCUUAAACAGACUUCAUGAGCUUCUAAACUGUUUCUUUUAAGAUCUUUAUCUCUGAAAUUUUCUGAAAAGGUACAAUUUGUAGAAUACCAUAGAUUUUCUGUGGUAAUCUUAAGAAUUCGGUAGUCAUAUUCAUCUCAAAAACAAACAUAGAGCCAAUAUUCAAACCAAACUAAUUUUGAAAGUUUUACCUAGAUAAUUUUGGGGAUAUUUUACUUGAAAAAAAAACCUCUUAGGAUUUUAUGAUUAAUAUUACUUAUAGUGUUAGGUUUAUUUACACAUUUGUCAUUGAAUUGUCAUUUAAGGAAUUUGUUUUAUGUUUUAGUUUAAUCUUAAAUUUACCAUUUGCCUUUUAAUGGAAGCAUACAAAGUCCCAUAUAAGCCUCUUGAGUUCUGUAACUACUUUUAUGAUGAAACUGCUUUAAUGAAUUCUCGCAUAAUGAAUUCUGCUAUAUUUCCUUUUGCUUUUUUCUUGCAAUUGUGACAUUGUUUUGACUUUGCUGCAGCUCUCUAGAAAACUUGCAUCCCUAUAUAUUGUGCCUUUAAAGCUCUUAUGCACACACAGAAGUGUAUAUAUACAUGUCAGAGCAUGUGUACAUAUACUUUCAUGUCACUCACACAGUAUGUCUCUAAUAUGUAUUGUGGGAGUGGACAUAGAUAUUCAAAGGCAAUGAAACGUUGCGUUCUAGAUAUAUAUGUAUAUAAAUAAUGUUGAUAGAACUGUAUAUACACAUGUACAUGUAUGAGUUUUAAAUGGCAAUCCUUUACAUUUAGCAAAAUGCUACCCCUACUGGAAUAUCAUCACUGCAAUGGCAGUUGUAUGUAAUGAUUUAAAAUACAUUAUCAAAAAUUAUUUAAAGAACAUUUAAAGUCUCAUCCAAAAUAUUAUUUAUUUAUCUUCCUUUUCCUUUUAUUAUGUUUCUUUUACUGAAAGGGAGACUGUCAUUUCUAAAAAUGCCACCUGUCCAAUGAGAGACAAAAGAACUUGGCUCAUUUUUUCUCUCUCUGAAUGGAGAUGUACGACAGCCAAGCCUGUUUAUUUCAAUUAUGAAGUGAUCCUAAUAUUUCCAUUAGUGUGUGUAAUCCGCCAUGUCCUAGAUCAACUGAAUUCACCAAUUUGCCUCUUCCGUUCAUUAAUAAAUAACGAUCAGCGAGAUCAUUUUGCCAGGGGAGGGGGUUAACUACUCUCUUGCUGCAGGGUAAUAUAUCACCUAAUUGUUAUUCUGCUUUGUUCAGAAUUCAACUUUGAAAGAAGACGGCUCUUUUCUGAAACUGUCUUACACACAUUUUUGCAUUUAUUUAGUUAUAGGUCUUCCUAAUCUUUUUAUUUUUUUAACUCUUAGGUUGCAUGUACUUGAUGUAGACGUAAUUCUUAUUCCCCACAACUUCCGGUAUUUUUCGUUUGUGUAUCAGUUUGACACACUGAAUGCAAGAGUGUUAAGAAUAUACUGUUAACUAUUAUUUUAUAUUGUGAUGAGUUGGCAGCAGAUUACAUCUCAAGAACUUGCAGAGAGGAGAAGGUAGCUGGACAAUCCUAAGCAGCAAGAUGCUAGGGGGCUGGGAUGUGGAGUAAGGGUACCCCUGAAGACCAUAAUAGAGAGGUUGAGGAUUGAAUGAUUUUAGAGUAGUUUAGCUGGAACUUGAUAUCAGAAGCAGCCUUUAACAAAAAAAGCCUCCUGGCAGUUGUGUGGUACUAACUAGAGUAAUGAAGUGUGUAAGUUGAAACCAAGUUGCAGUGGGAAAUCAAAGGUGAGGUAGCUUAUUUAAAAUCAGUAAAUGACAGGUUGGACAGUUUUAAAAUCUCUUCUAACAAAGUAACUGCACGGUAGCAAGGACUAGCAGUUCUCAAAGCCCCUUUUCAGUGUUUCUCAUUCACCUUGGCACACAAGUAUGUUUAAUAUGCCAUACAUUGAAAAUACAUAGAAAAUGAAAAAGCUGCUUAAAGGGAACUUACAAACCGAGACCCUUCUCUUUGAUGUUAACAGUAGCUGCAAGCUUAGUUAAAUGCACAAAAACUAGAAGCCACUUUUUUUUUCCACUUUUGGUCUGCAUAGAAAGCAAAAGACGAGGAGGUGGGCAGCCUUCAGUAGGAGCCCCCAUAUCUGAUGGAAAGUUGUAUCUAUGGCAUUGGAUGUGGUAUUGCUGGUAGAGAAGACAUUGUGGGAGAUGAGGGGCUUUUGGUUUGUAAUUUCCCUUUAAACAAGAAGAGAUGGCUCACAUUUUCCAUAUAUAUCUCAAUGAAUGUACUGUAUUACUGUUUUAAAAUUUGAUGAAAUAAUAAUGGAUUGGUCUCCUUUUGUUAUCUGGUCCUUGUUUAAUUUGUUUAAGGGUUUUUGUAUACAAAAGUUUACAUUUUUAUGUAUAUUUUUCUUGUGUAAAAACUGAUGUAAUAUGUGUAUAAAACACUGUAUGUAUUAUCUGUAUAUAGUGUGACAAAAUGAUUUUUCUUUCUUUCUUUUGGAUGUAUUAAUAAAUCUUGCUGUGAAGUA